GACGUCGUUUCCGUAGCAGUAUGGCGGCCACGGAGGAUGAGCGGCCGGCGGGGAGCGGAGAGGGAGAGCGGUUGGAUUUCCUGCGAGACCGGCACGUGCGGUUCUUCCAGCGCUGCCUCCAGGUUUUGCCUGAGCGCUACUCUUCGCUCGAGACCAGCAGGUUGACUAUUGCAUUUUUUGCACUCUCUGGGCUGGAUAUGUUGGACUCCUUAGAUGUGGUGAACAAGGAUGAUAUAAUAGAGUGGAUUUACUCCCUGCAGGUCCUUCCCACAGAAGACAGAUCAAAUCUAAACCGCUGUGGUUUCCGAGGCUCUUCUUACCUGGGUAUUCCAUUCAAUCCAUCAAAGAAUCCUGGAACUGCUCAUCCUUACGAUAGUGGCCACAUAGCAAUGACCUACACUGGCCUUUCAUGCCUAGUUAUUCUUGGAGACGACCUAAGCCGGGUAAAUAAAGAAGCUUGCUUAGCAGGCUUGAGAGCCCUUCAGCUAGAAGAUGGAAGUUUUUGUGCAGUACCUGAAGGCAGUGAAAAUGACAUGCGAUUUGUAUACUGUGCUUCCUGUAUCUGCUAUAUGCUCAACAACUGGUCUGGCAUGGAUAUGAAAAAGGCUAUCAGCUAUAUUAGAAGAAGUAUGUCCUAUGACAAUGGGCUGGCACAGGGAGCUGGACUUGAAUCUCAUGGAGGAUCGACUUUUUGUGGCAUUGCGUCACUGUGCCUGAUGGGUAAACUGGAAGAAGUUUUCUCAGAAAAAGAAUUGAACAGGAUAAAACGGUGGUGUAUAAUGAGACAGCAGAAUGGCUAUCAUGGAAGGCCUAAUAAGCCUGUUGACACCUGUUACUCUUUUUGGGUGGGAGCAACUCUAAAGCUUCUGAAAAUUUUCCAGUAUACUAAUUUUGAGAAAAAUAGAAAUUACAUCUUAUCAACUCAAGACCGCCUCGUUGGUGGAUUUGCCAAGUGGCCAGAUAGUCAUCCAGAUGCUUUGCAUGCAUACUUUGGAAUUUGUGGCCUGUCACUAAUGGAGGAAAGUGGCAUUUGUAAGGUUCAUCCUGCCCUGAAUGUAAGCACACGGACUUCUGAGCGCCUGCGAGAUCUCCAUCAGAGCUGGAAAACCAAGGACUCUAAACAGUGCUCAGAGGACGUACACAUCUCCACAUGACUAGCUUUAGAUUGGGGGGGGGGGUGGGGAGGACUUGUAGCCUAACUGUAGCCCGAGGUUAAAAGCCAUGUGUAACCAAGUGUGCUCUUUUUUAAGAGGUAGUCUUACAGUCGGACGCUGAUGUCACUUUGGGGUAUGGUCUUGAGCCAGUAACCUUUGUACUAGGUUUCAAGAAAAUCUUUGCUGAAGUUUGAACCACAGUGGACUCCAUCGUGGUUCUUAAAUGUUUAUACUGUAUUUCUAAGUUCUUUGAGGCAAAUUAACUGUAUGUAUGUAGGUUAUCUUUUUUUUAAAAAAACAAAAACAAAAAACUUCACUACAGAAUUGUAUCAUAUUAUAAAAUGGACAUGAAUCUUCAAAAGAAGUUUACAGUUCACAUAGCGUUGGUAAUCUUCAGGUGAGCACUUAGUGAUCAUUUAAAAAGCUUGACUGCUUAUGGUGGAACAUUGCUUUAAUGAAUUAAGUAUCUGGGGUUAUUCUCUGAAAACAGAUGAUCCCAUAAUUUUUAAAAGAAGAAUGACUUAUUUUGUCUUAUUCUCAAGUAAAAUGUGCCAAUUAAACUUUUGUGGGCUAUACAAAUGAAAUUAACUUCAUAGCAAGAAUGAAUAGGCUUAACUAAUACAGUAAUUUCCUAAAGGAAGAUUGUUAUAAAAAGACUAUUAUGUAACUGAGGAGAAAGUAAUUUAACUGUAUGUGAUUGUGAAUGGGAAAGUUUUGUGCUGUGUGGGUCAUCUGUUUUAGAUGUUGCUGGGGUAAAUAACAGUUAUGUUUGAUUUUAAUCUCGAAUCAUUAGUCGCUUUUUUUUUUCCCCUUUCUGCAGAGAAAGCCAUCUUACCUAGAGGGAAAAACAUUUAGUGGUUUUGUUUCUUUUUCUGAGAUAAAUUGUAAACUGUAUUUUUAUAACUGAGUUAUUUUUAACCAUUUGGUUUUUUAUUGUUGUUGUUGUUGCUCCCAGUGUUUUAGCUUUUCUCAUUUCAAACUGAUGAUUUUCUAAUUUUUUUAAGUUAAAUAAGUAAACAUUUAAGUGAAAAAAAAAGCACCACUCAAUUAAAUUUAAUGGUAUAGCUCCAUACACAGUCAUUCAUAUUUUUGUAAUAUUUUCAGGUAAGUGGGAAGGUAAUGUAUCCCUUAGAGGUUAAGGACUGGGGUUUGCUUUCAUUGUUCUGUUUUCUUCAUUCUGUGACCUACCUGAAUUAUAAAGGAGUGGUAUAAAAACUUA